UACUGUUGCAUACUUACAAAUAUUAUGAAAAGAUUCGAGCUGAGACAUUGCUCCGUCUUCUAAAAUUUUUGUCUUGAAUUUUCAUCUCUGUAUACGAAUAUCUCAUUUGGGUUUGCAUUCUUAACUGCACCUACCCCUUUGGUUAUACAAAAUAUCUUCAGGCAUAAUUUCAUCCAAAAAUCGUAUUGCUUUUUUGUAGCUGCAUUUGGUUUGGAUUAUCCGUUCAUUUUCCCAUUAAAAGCAAUUUCACAUUAAUCUCAAACAAUGUUGAAAGGUGUCAAUCCCAAUUUCAUCAAUUUCGCAGAGCAGCAACUCAUCUCAGGGCUUAAUCUUACUCAGCGGGCUCAAUAUAACAAUGCCAUCGAUGAGGCAAUCUACGGCUCUGAUGAAUUCCGCAUGUACGCUUACAAGAUCAAGCGCUGCACGAGAAUGCGUAGCCACGACUGGACCGAGUGCCCCUACGCCCACCGUGGCGAGAAGGCUCAGCGCCGAGACCCUCGCAAGGUGCCCUACACAGCCAUUGCCUGCCCUGCCUUCCGCAACGGAAGAUGUCAGAAAGGCGACGCCUGCGAGUUCGCUCACGGGGUGUUCGAGUACUGGCUACACCCUGCCAGGUAUCGUACGCGUGCAUGCAAUGCCGGGACGUUUUGCCAACGCAAGGUUUGUUUCUUUGCCCAUACACCUGACCAGCUCAGGGCCGAGAGCAAAUGCAAGUGCCCAUUUGCAUACAAGGGAAGGAUGAACGGUGGAGAUGAGCUGCUGAUGGGGAUUGGAUCAGGUGGAGGAGAGGGCUCCACCUCAAUACAGGCACAUGAUUUUUCAGUGCCUUUCGCAUCAACGGUGAACAGGGAUUGCUGCAGCUUCGAAGGGUUUUCGGAUUUCUUGAGGAGGUUGAGGGCAUUCAAGAUCAGGGAAGAAGAGGAAAGGGCGAUGAGGAAUGGUGGUGGAUUUGAGGUGUCGGAUUCGGAUUUGCCACAUCUUGACUGGAUUUCAGAGUUGGUGAAAUAAAUGCGAGGGAGAAAGCUGAAAAAGAUCGAAGAUGCUUUUGGGAGUGAAUAGGGUUUUAUUUAAUUAAUUAAUGCA